CUAAUUUUUUUUGGGUAUUAUUCUGCAAGUUUUUAGCAUUUUCUAAAUUCAAAAGUCACUCUUGACCCUGUACACAUCCAUGCUUAUGUAGGCUCUUACAUCACCAGUAAAGAGUAUUUUAUUUUUGUAUUUUACUUUCAAUUUUUGAUCGAAACCUAGACCAUUUGGCCACAAACACCAACGCCCUACCGCUGCCUAUCGCAUCACACCCUCCUCGCUAGAGAGAACAUUGCCAAGCAAAAAGGCUUGUAAUUUAUCCUUCUUUGUGAACAACAAACAAACCCCAGAAUGGCUUUCCCCAUUCCUUAGGUUUUUUGCAACUAUUCCAAUUCCGUAGGGUUUUUUUUGAUGAUUCGAGUUAUUUCAGCAGAACAAAGUAAGGAUCUCGAGUCUUUUGUUGAACGGGAAAAAUGAGUUCACAAAAGCAAUUGCUACACUUUGUUUUGCUCCCCCAUUUAGCCCAUGGCCACCUGAUCCCCAUGAUAGACAUGGCCAGGCUGCUGGCACAGCAUGGCGUGACCGUCACCAUCGUCACCACGCCCCUCAACGCCACGCGUUUCAGAUCAAACAUGGAUCGCGCCAUCGAGUCCGGGCUCCAAAUCCAACUUCUCCAAGUCCCAUUUCCAUCCACAGAGGCCGGCUUGCCUGAGGGAUGUGAAAGCAUGGACAAUCUUCCUUCCCGGGACUCGUUCAAAAACUUGCUUGUUGCCAUUAGAAUGCUCCAGUCACCGAUUGAAAAUUUGUUCAAUGAGCUACAACCGCGCAUAAGUUGCAUAAUCUCGGAUAAGAAUCUACCAUGGACAGCUGAAACAGCUUCAAAAUUAUGUAUCCCAAGGCUUGUUUUUGAUGGAACAAGUUGUUUUUCUCUCUUGUGCACGCACAACAUACUCAAUUCUAGGAUUCACGAGUGUGCGCUAGAGUCUGAAGCAUUCGUGGUGCCUGGUUUGCCUGAUCAAAUUGAGUUAACUAGAGCUCAAUUACCCAACGCGGUUAAUAUGGACAACGCGAGUGACAUGCGUAGAAAAAUCAGAGAAGCUGAACUAGCAGCAUAUUGGGUGGUUGUCAAUACUUUUGAGGAAUUGGAACCAGCAUACAUUGAAGAAUUUCGAAAGGUGAGAGGCUGCAAAGUUUGGUGUAUCGGUCCAGUAUCACUAUGCAACAAAGAGAACGUGGACAGAAUCGAGAGAGGCAACAAGACUUCAAUUGAUGAAAACCAGUUAGUGAAGUGGCUCGAUUCAAAGGAGCCUAGCUCUGUAGUCUACACCUGUCUAGGAAGCCAGAGCCGCCUCACAGCUCCACAACUGAUAGAGCUUGGAUUAGGCCUAGAAGCCUCGAAACAACCCUUCAUUUGGGUUAUAAGAGGAGGAAACAAAUCACAAGAGUUGGAGAAAUGGAUGUCAGAAGAAGGAUUUGAAGAGAGAACAAAAGGGAGAGGGCUUUUGAUCCGUGGUUGGGCGCCACAAAUAUUGAUUUUGUCACAUCCGUCAAUUGGAGGCUUCUUGACACACUGUGGUUGGAACUCAACACUAGAAGGGAUUUGCGCGGGCGUGCCAAUGAUAACGUGGCCAUUGUUUGCAGAGCAGUUUUACAACGAGAAGUUUAUGGUGCAAGUAUUGAGGAUAGGUGUGAGAGUCGGGGCUGAGUUUGCAGUGAAAUGGGGGGAGGAAGAGAAGUUUGGGGUGUUGGUGAAGAAGGAAGAAGUGAAGAAAGCUAUACAACAGGUGAUGGAUGGAGGAGAAGAAGGACAAGAGAGGAGGAAAAGAGCAAGAGAGCUUGGGAAGAUGGCAAACAGGGCACUAGAGGAAGGGGGUUCUUCUUAUCUGAACAUGGCCUUGUUAAUUAAAGACAUUAGGCAACAACUUAUGAUCAAUCAGUCUUGAACCAUGCCAUAAACUUACAGAUGUAUUGGUUACAAUACACAAUACGUUGUAGUUUUUUAUCAUGUGGUCACGAGAGACUCUUGACAUAUUCAGUACCAAGUUGUCAAUCUCCUUUGUAUGCAAUGUUAUAUCUAUUCCUUGGA